AAGACUUUACGAAAAACGUGCAUUGGGUUUUAUAUUCGUUUUAUCGUCUUUUCACUAAGAUGCAGUUUGGUUUUAGUCAUAUUUUAGUCAUCUGAAUUGUAUUUUUAAUUAAGUCUUGUUUUAGUCAAAUAAAAUUGAAAGGGUUUAAGCUAAAGUGUAAUUGAAUGUGUCACACUGACAAAUAUAUAAGUGCUGUGAUAUAAAUAUUCUUUCAUAUCCUGAAAAAAGUCAUAACCUUAAAGGUAUAGCGGAAGAUUUUCGUUUUCCGGGUGGAUCAUCAGGACUAUUGGUCAUCCCAGAUGUCAAUCAUUCUGAUUAUAUGUUGACGUAUAACCGUCGUACGUGCUCGCCUCUAGGUUCGCUUGCUGCACAUGCGCACUUUCAAGUGUAUGUGUGUUGUGCUACGGUUUCAACCAUUCAUUGAAGCUGUGUUUUUUUUCAAAAUGUCUGAGGGUCGCAAGAGAAAAAGUGUCUACGAAUUGUAUGACAAGAAGAGAAAGGACUAUAAAGAAAGAAACAAGACCAGAAUGUUUAUGGGAGACUAUUUCACACGCUGGCUGCUGUUGUGAGCUAAAAGGACAGGUUGGGCUUCCCACGCGAAGUUUCUACUGGAAAGGUACGUUCUGUCAUGCUAUUUGGAGAAUCCAUUUAAAAUCACUGCUAGUAAAAGUUGAUGUAAGCUAUGAUUAGCGAUGCUAGCCCUGGCACAAGUCACGAACCGCACAGACACGGUAAACAUGCCGACAGAAACUUGUAAACAGAGCGAAGAGAAGAACUGAGCUCCUGCAUGCUCUCUCUCUCUGUCUCGUGCACGCGUUUAAUAGGCGUUCCCUCUCGGGAGGAGGGAGGGAGAGUGUUGCGUGUGCAUUUUUUUAAAGAUAUCGAGGGGCGGUUCUUUUAAAUAAUUCGGGAAAAUCUUCCGCUAUACCUUUAAUAUUUCAGAAAAGUCUAUUAAUUAGAGUUCUGUAGGUUCUGUAGGAGACAGAGGACACUGGACUAUGAAUGACAUUAUCAGUUUAUUCAAAGAAUGCAUUGAAAUAUUAUUGUUCGCUAAUAUCUACACAGAAGCUGUGUGGCUUUAUUAAAUGCAAAAGUUAACCUGAAAAUUUUUUAGAUUUCCUUUAAGAACCCUAGGAUUUGCCUGAAUUAUGACCUUAUUUGAAAGGGUCAUGAAUAAUAAUGUUGAGCUCUGCUCUGAUUGGCUGUUUCUCCUUCAGUAGCUCUGUGUUUGUGUGUAAACAGAUCUUAUGUAUAAGCCUGUAUUAGGGAUGUUGCUGUGUGGAAAUUUUCCCACCGGUUAAUUGGCUUGUGACAAACCUGGUGAUCCUGGUAUUACCAGGUGGGAGGGGCUUAUAGAUGCAUGUGCAGCCGUGCCCAUUUUACUUUCACUUUUGAAUUAAAGGCAAUUGUUUAAAUGCAGCGCUUGCGUAAACUGCUUUAAGUCGCUUAUGAAUCCGCGUGCAGCAGUGAUUUUUAUUCAACAGUGUCUUGUAAAUAGUAAAACAAAAGUCAUGGACAAAAAUGAAGGGAUCCCUAACCUAAUAUUUUUCUGCAAUCAAACGAUUUAUUUAGCUCUCUGUACCUGUUAACAGGUAGUUUGACGCAUUGUUCCUGAGCAAACUGCUCCAGUUCUCUCAGUUUCAUGGGUGUCUUCUCCAGACAGCAAGUUUCAGCUCUUUCCAAAGAUGUUCCAUAGGAUUCCGUUCAGGAUCCUGCAUAGAGUCGUGGCACACUGUGCCAGGUGCAGCAAAACAGCCAAAAAACAUAAUCCUCCGUGUUUUACUGUAGGUAUGAAAUAUUUAAAGUUUAAGCAGACUUUCAAUGUAACCCAUGGGCAUCCUAAAAUACAGAUGAAAAUGAUCAUGAUACAGUGUGAACUCUUGUAAGGUGCUUCCAAUAACGCUGUCUUUCCUUUUCUCAGUCAAAACAAAAAUCUUCUCAUCCUCGCUUCUGCUGCUAGAGAACUCCACCAUACGUGUGUGUGUGUGUGUGUGUGUGUGUGUGUGCGCUCGUGCGUGUGUUUCCUUUAGUGCUAUGAGCCAAGUUUAAAUUAUGCCGUCUUGGCAGUGAAACAAUUAAAUAUUUAGCUGAUGCUUUUAUCCAUGGCAACUUACAUUGCAUUUAAGAUAUAUGUUUUAUUAGUGUGUGUUUUCUUAGGGAAUCAAAGGCAAAUCCUUUGAUCUCUUAACCUAAAGGCUUACAUGAAAGAAGACAGUUUGAUAAGAAGUAUCAGAAGGAAAGUCUUUGAACAUUGACCGUGCUGCGGUAAAGCAGCAAACCGUGCCUUCACACCAAGGACGAAAUAAUUGUUCGCCUUGAGCAAUAUCACAUCCGGUAGAUAGGUGUUGCUGAUCAAGACUGCAUUUAUGCCUGUACGCUUGGUGCCGUAACCCACUUUUCAGAUGUCCAGCUUAUUAUUUGUUUUUAUUUCAUUUAUUACAUAUUGCAUUAUUUAUCAUUCAUUUAUUUUAUCAUUUACUUUUAUUCUUAUUUUUAUUAUUCUUUUCUGUUUUAUAAACAUUUAGUUUAUAUUAUAUUCAUUUCAUUGUAUUUAGUUAUUCUAUUUUGUUGUUUAAAUCUUAUGAGCUGUAUUGUCUUUUAAUGCUGAUAUAAUAAUAAAUCAUAUAAUAAUGCAGUACAUUUUCACUGUCUGUGUAACGACACAGGGUUAGGGUCUUUGCUUCUAGUCAGACAAAGUUAAUCUGAUAAUCGACAUCGUCAGACAGACCAUUGAGAAUACAACUAAGAUUAUUCAAUAAACCACUUUUAUUUCAUAACAAUUUUAAUUCAAUUUUUAUUUAUAUAGCGCUUUUCACAAUUUGGUAAUUGUUUCAAAGCAGCUUUACAUUAAUAGAAGCAGUGAAAAGCACAGAAAAUCGACAGAUAGCACAACAUAAUACACGAUAGCACAAGCACCUAAAUUUGCUGCGGCUAUAAAUCAACAUUAAAGCGAAUUUAUUACUAAUGUAACUUAAAGAAGUUAAGCCCAAGAAGGCUGCCUCCCCGGGUUGAAAAACCACCUCGGAGAAAAAAACCCCAGACUUUUUAGCCGGGGAAGUAAAAAAGUCCUAGGAGGGAAAAACCCUAUAUAUUAUAAAUACACACAAACACAUUGAAACGGAUAAGGAGAUUAAGCGGGUUCUGCUGGUGGUCAUUGGUCAGGCAUCAGCUGGGCAUCACGUUGAAGAACAGCCAGUAGAUCAGAGGUGUGCCGACUUUCACAUUUACCAGAACUGGAUCUGUUUGUCUCAUUGUCCUAGGGAUCGAGGACGAGACGGGGAGAGGGAAACAAAAUCUUAUUAGCGUAGGGGCCGUUCACAUGUAAAGCAAGUGUCACACAGUGAUGUGGUUUAAGUCAGCUCGGUUCCGGACAGGCUAACUAUUGCUGGUUAAGUGUAUUACAUAUAGUUGAUGAUUUUAGAAAAUUUGUGGGCCCAGGGUGAGUCUAUGUAUGGGGCCCCCCAUAUGAUCUUUCAAACAGAAACUCGUUUCUUAACACUUUGUCUUUUGUCUGCUGUUCUUCUCUUUAUCUUUGAUCUGUUGAUUUGAAGUAAAAACUCAUAACAGAGUCGAUAUUUGAGUACAGAUUCAGUGAUUUCCUAACAGGAAUGGGUAGAAUUUCAGAUUGUAGUGGCAAAAAAAAUCCAGGGGCCAAACAAAAAUUACAAUUUAUCAAAAACACAGAAUGUAUUCAAAGAUCAUCCCCAGUCAUCUGUCUGCAUUUAUAUAGUAACAUCAAACCCUUCUUAUCUGAGAUGACGUACACUCUCUGCAUAUUAUUGAUCCUGCCACAGUUAUUUAUUACUUCAAUGUUUGUCAUUGUAAUCGUGGGGAAAGUGCAGCUUGACUCCUUUAACUAAAAGGAAUUAAAUAUCACUAUGGCAUUAAAUAAAGUGUUGUUCACUUCUAGUGCAGUAAUCAUUAACACAUUCAGUGCUCUGUGAAUCUGUGAAGCCCACAAAAAGACUACCAAAUAUUCCCCCCAUGGACUAAUUAGUCCAUCAACCAGUAAGAGCAUUGCAUCAAAACCUUGUCUAAAUAUAGUCGUCAACGAACCUUUUUCACGUGACGAACACGAGACGAGACGCAACAGGUGUGUUCGACUUCAUGCGGCGCUGCGCAGAACGAUCGGCGGCUGACUUGAAGCAGUGCAUUCCGGUUAGUAAUUUUGUCCGACUUGAGCUGGCGCUGCAGGCACGUGACUGUGUCAGAUGGUUUUAAAGAACCGCGAGAGCGAUUUGAGAUCAGCCGCCUGAGGCUAUGUUUACACGUGGGCGGCUAUUUUCAUAAACUGACAUUUCAACCUCUCCGGUUUCAAAAAUAAUAUCGUGCACACAUGUCAGUUUUCAGUGUUUAUUUAUACGUACUUGUGCAUACAUUCCAUCAAGAGAAGCUCAAUCCCACGUAAGCCAAUCACCGGCAGCGCUGGUGGUGACGCGAACUGGUUCUUCAUGUUGGUGGGAGGAGUUGUUGCAGUAGAUGAUCGAUAACGUCAAAGUACCGCGAGAGUGAGUUGAGGAAUCACACGUAGAGGUCUAACUUUGAAUCGCUCUCGCGGUACCUUGACAUCAUCUGUCUGUCGGUUCUUGCAGCGCCCAUGAAGUCAAACACGUGUAAAAUUGCUGACAUCCGAGCUCUCUUCUCUGCUCCUCGACAUAAUGGAGCAGCUGUAUUUGCAAAUACAAGCACACGAAACGAGUUUGCAGGAACAUAAAUGUGAUCUUGGAAGCGUUCAGAGUAGCAGUCACAUGUAAACAUAGGUCGCACUUUUGACGUAGGUGCGAGCUCUGGUGCAUACUCUGUGACGUUGCCUGCUUAAACAUCCAUUUGUCUCAGUUUACAUGCAACCGAAGAUUUUCAAGAUCUCCACUCUGGCCGGAGUUUUUAGAAACAAUCGGUUUCAGAGGCGAGUUCUUCGUUUGCGUGUAAACGAGGGCCACAAACGAAGGUAAAUCUCUCAGUUUUUAAAAAUAACCAUGUACGUGCAAACAGGGCCUAUGUCAGCCAGCGCAGUUUCCGAAGAGGAGCUGCACGGGCUGCUACAUGACGACACAGAUGUUUCACGAUUGGUCGGAUUCACCACAUGACAACAAUCACGUGUGUUUCGUGUUUAUUUUUCACCCCUGCAGUUCCACAAAUGCUCAUAAAUCUGUAUUUUAUAACAGUUAAAGCUCUUUUCAUGUAGUCGCGAUGUUAUAUUGUGUCAUGUUUAUCAAAAUAAAAUGGAUUAAAAACGUAGACCCCACUACAUUGGUAUUUAAAUAAUAUAUGCUUAUGUUAAACUUUAUUCCUGUAAAAACAGAUGCUGCAAGCCUCUUCAAUUCCACUCAUGCUCAUACACGGACAUUCAAAACAGUAUAAUUUACUUUUUAUGUUGUUUACAUCUUACAAAUCAUGUUUACUGUGAUAAAAUCAGAGCAUCUUCCAUGUCUGGAAUGGAUGUAUUCUUGAGUCUAUAAGGUAACAAUAAUAACUUUUGUUUGAAAUGGGUUUGGCUAAAAGAAAAUAUUGUUUUGUCUAUACUACAACUAUUAUAUGGGUUAAAUAGAAUUGCAUUACUAAAAAAAGAGACUAAAAUACAAUUUCACUGACUAAAACUAGACUAAAAUAGUCAUGGAUAAGUCUGAAUAAAAUAAGACUAAAAUGCCCAGACUUUUAGUUGACUAAAACUUGGCUAGACUAAAAACAGUAUGAACGUGACUAAAACUAUUAAAAACUUAAAUAACAGCUUGACACAAAGACUAGACUAAAACUAAAAUUAAAACAGGCUGCCAAAAACAACACUACAGAGAACUCAUACAGGUGAAAAACCUUACAAAUGCUCUCAGUGUGAGAAGACGUUUGCGCAGUCAAAUAAGCCCAUCAGAGAAUUCACACUGGAGAGAAACCUUACGUCUGCACUUAAUGUGGAAAGAGCUUCACUGGUUUAAGUACUUUUAAACAGAAAUAAUUGUUUGCCUUGAGCAAUAUCUCACCUGGCAGAUAUGUGUCAUUGAUCAAGACUGCAUUUUACGCCUGUACAUUUGGUGGCUUAACACAUUUUAUCAGAUGUCCAGCCUAUCAUUUAUUUUCUUUCAUUUAUUUCAUUAUUUCAUUCAUUAUCAUUCGUUUAUUUUAUCAUUCACUUUUAUUCUUAUUUUUAUUAUUCUUUUCAAUUUUUAUAUACAUUUAGGUUAUAUUAUAUUCAUCUAGUUAUUCUAUUUAGUUAUUGUCUUUUAAUGCUAAUAUGAGUCUCCAAUGUUCUCCAUCUCAAGGUUCAAAUGAAUGUCAAGAGAUUGUUGUGAAACAAUACAUUUUCACUGUCUGUGUUUGGAAUAACAACACCUGAUAAAAAAGAAAUGCUGUGUUGCUUCAAGUGUCUCGACCGCCAUGCUCGGGGCGGGACUCUCGCUUCAGCCAAAAUUCUCAUAAACGACAGACCCAACAAACGCUUAAACGAGAUCCCUGCGCUUCCUGACCACAAGCACGUGCUCUGGUGUGACCCUGUUGGAGAAGAGUGUUAUGCUUAAAAGCACCUUCAGUUGUGUUGGGUGUUGAGAUGUUGAUGAUGAAAUCAGAAGAAACUGAUGAGGGUUUACAGGAUGAGGAAUCUACUGAUCAAACCUCCACAGAGUCUCUGGAUUCUGUCUGUAACGCUGGAGAACAGCAGCAGAUCCUGCAAAACAAACUCAAGAUGUGUUCAGUUAAACUCAUCGACUGCAGGAACCUCAUGAUGAAGAUGAGAAGAGAAACCACAGAAGAGGAAGAAGACUGUUAUGAUGAUUUCGACAGUGACAAUGAAUUUAUUCCUUCGGAUGAGAAGAGUGAAUCAUGUUCUGAUGGAGAAACGUCCUCAACAUCAAAAGAGCGACGGACAGCACAAACUCUUUCCUGCAUCACCUGUGGAAAGACAUUCAGCUCACAGAGACAUUUAAAGAGACAUGAGAGAAAACACACAGAACAGAAACUCUUCACCAGAUCUGAGAUCAGCUUUACUACCUUACAAAAGAAGAAACUUCAUUCAGAAGAGCACGCAGACAAGAAGAAGUCGUCAAAAUUCUUAUCUCAUCAGAAACGCCACAUGAGGACAAACAGUGAUGAAAAGCCUAACCACUGCAGCAGCAAACAAAGUCCUGUUCAUCAGAGAAUUCACACAGAAGAAAAACCAUACAAGUGUCCUCACUGUGAGAAGAGAUUCAGACAUAAAAAACUCAUGAGGAAACACAUGCGUUUACACACCAGUGAGAGACCGUAUCAGUGCAGUCAAUGUGACAAAUGUUUCAACGCCAAAGACAAUCUUGUUGUUCAUCAGAGAGUUCACACUGGAGAGAAACCUCAUCACUGUAGUGUUUGUGGGAAGAGUUUUAAUAAACAUGACCAUUUAGUGUCACACCAGAGAACUCAUACAGGUGAAAGACCUUACAAAUGCUCUCAGUGUGGGAAGAUGUUUACUCAGUCAAGUCACUUAAAAACCCAUGAGAGAGUUCACACUGGAGAGAAACCUUACGUCUGCUCUCACUGUGGAAAGAGCUUCUCUGAUUUAUCUCAUAUGAGAAUCCAUCAGAGAGUUCACACGGGAGAGAAACCUUAUCACUGUAAUGUUUGUGGGAAGAGUUUUAAACAACAUGCCAAUUUAGUUUCACACCAGAGAACUCAUACAGGUGAAAGACCUUACAAAUGCUCUCAGUGUGAGAAGACGUUUACUCAGUCAAGUAACUUAAAAACCCAUGAGAGAGUUCACAGUGGACAGAAACCUUACGUCUGCUCUCAAUGUGAGAAGAGCUUCACUGAUUUAUCUCAUUUGAGAAUCCAUGAGAGAGUUCACACUGGAGAGAAACCUUAUGUCUGCUCUCACUGUGGUAAGAGCUUCACUGAUUCAGGUUCAAUGAGAAAACAUCUGAGAGUUCACACUGGAGAGAAACCUCAUCACUGCAGUGUUUGUGGGAAGAAUUUUAGUCUACAUAGCCAUUUAGUGUCACACCAGAGAACUCAUACAGGUGAAAGACCUUUCAAAUGCUCUCAGUGUGAGAAGACGUUUGCUCAUUCAGGUUCCUUGAAAGUCCAUGAGAGAAGUCACACUGGAGAGAAACCUUACGUCUGCUCUCAGUGUGGAAAGAGCUUCUCUGAUCCAAGUUUUGUUAAAAUUCAUCAGAGAGUUCACACUGGAGAGAAACCUUAUUACUGUAAUGUUUGUGGGAAGAGUUUCAGUCGUCCAGGCAGUUUAGUGUCACACCAGAGAACUCAUACAGGUGAGAAACCUUACAAAUGCUCUCACUGUGAGAAGACUUUUGCUCGGUUAUAUUCCUUAAAAGUCCACAAGAGAAUUCACACUGGAGAGAAACCUUACGCCUGCUCUCACUGUGAAAAGAGCUUCUCUGAUUUAGGUUCUAUGAGAAUUCAUGAGAGAACUCACACUGGAGAGAAACCUUAUUACUGUAAUGUUUGUGAGAAGACUUUUUAUCAACAUAGACAAUUAGUUGUACACCAGAGAACUCAUACAGGUGAAAAACCUUACAAAUGCUCUCAGUGUGGGAAGACGUUUGCUCGAUUAAGUCACUUACAAACCCACGAGAGAGUUCACACUGGAGAGAAACCUCAUGUCUGCUCUCAAUGUGGAAAGAGCUUCUCUACUUCAAGUGCUUUUAAAGUUCAUCAGAGAUUUCACAUUGGAGAGAAACCUCAUCACUGUAAUGUUUGUGGGAAGAGUUUCAGUGGACAUGGCGGUUUAGUGUCACACCAGAGAACUCACACAGGUGAAAAACCUUACAAAUGCUCUCAUUGUGAGAUGACUUUUGCUCGGUCAUUUACAUUAAAAACCCAUGAGAGAGUUCACACUGGAGAGAAACCUUACGCCUGCUCUCACUGUAAAAAGAGCUUCACUACUUUAACUCAUUUGAGAGUCCAUGAGAGAAUUCACACUGGAGAGAAACCUUACAUGUGCUCUCAAUGUGGAAAGAGCUUCAUUAGAAGAUAUCAUUUGAGAAAUCAUGAGAGAAUUCACACUGGAGAGAAACCUUAUCACUGUAGUGUUUGUGGGAAGAGUUUCACUCGAAGUCACCAUUUAGUGUCACACCAGAAAACUCAUAAAAGUUAAAGACUUUACGAAAGACGUGUACUGGGUUUUAUAUUCGUUUUUUCGUCUUUUCACUAAGAUGCAGUUUAGUUUUAGUCAUAUUUUAGUCAUCUGAAUUGUAUUUUUAAUUUAGUCUUGUUUUAGUCAAAUAAAAUUGAAUGGGUUUAAA